CACAUAUAUACAUAAAUAUACUUGACUAUACACACACACACAAAUACGCACGCAUAUACACACAUUUUAUACUAUAAGUUCGACGUCAAUAACACUACAGUUGCCAGCCCCGUCCCGUUUAUUCGUUCUACUACCGUCCGUUAUGGACCUUAAAUAAUCUUGUUAACUGCUAGAAUCAUUAUGGAUCUACGAAUUCUCAAUGCUCGUCAUUCGAACUGUGUUUUUUAGUCCAGUUUGUUUUGAACAAGGCUGCAGAAACAUAGAACGAAGCAUUUUGUCUUCGUAAGUAAGAUUUACAAACGCUUAAUUGAAGAGAGGAAACAUCACAGCUACACAAAACCUCUGCAUCACCCGUCCGUGUAUUUCAUUAAUUUAAUUUGAUACAUGUCUAUUAUAUACAUCUAAGUUGAACACCUGUGUUCACUAAUGUUUACGUAUUUUCCACCACUCCUCGUUGUUACUGUUUAUUGAAGUGAACAAGAUUCUAUUUGCUACACACAUCCGUCUCGAGGGUGCCAGCGUGGCUGUCAAAUGUUUUGUCACAACUUUGUGUAGCCUUGAAACGGUUUCCAGCCGAGUUACCCAUCCCAAAAAUGUACCACAAAAACAACCACAAUUACCAGGACAACAGCUUUGAUGAAAACAGUCCAGCAUAUUCUUCUGAACUUAUAUUACCGGCUCUGCCUAACAUGCGGCCAACAACGUAUGGCUGUCCUUAUAUUGAGCUCCAUGAAAGGACCACUGAGUACCAAACGAGUAAACACAGCCUCAGAUUUUUUUGUCUGUCGGGCUUACAACAUUUCUCACAUACUUCGUCCGUAACCUUCAUUUUGUCCAUACUUUUAUUCUACGCUUACACAUUAGUUAGCUUAACUGAAGCUGACAAAUUACCAUCGGAUCGAUAUCAUGAUAAAUCAUUCCUGCCAACAAGCUUAAUCUACAACAGAAAAGUAUCUUGUGGUAACAUAACUCCAGGUAUAUAUACUUCCAGAACAUGGACAUGUUCAAACAUUAGAGUUGAUGGUCGAAAAAUUGCAUUUGGACAUUAUCCAGUAAAGUCACAUCAUGUGAAAAACCACUGUUUUGAUACAAAUGGUACUGAUGACAUUGGUGGAAUCUGCUUGGGUCUCAUGAAGCAUGUUAAUGAAAGUGCAAAGUUAUGGGCAGCUUCUGUGACGAAUGCUACAUGUGAUUAUACUGAGGAAGAACGAGUACUCCUCACUUUUAAUACUUCAGACAGUGAAAAUCAUAGGUACAUUUGGAAGGACCUGCCUGGAGGUUCUGGUUGGAUUGAGACACUGCACUGCCUUACCUUGAUUUAAAAAAAGAAAAUAAAUAAAUAAAAUUUAAAAAAUCCCCCAAAACUCAUCUACUCAGAAGUCUGCUUCAUGCAUUAUUAUCUCUGCAUUGCUGCUGUAGCUUGUAAAUGAUACAUCAAAACAAAAUGGAACAACUGUUGUCACAUUAACUUUCCACCAUUUACCCUCCAUACAAACAUUACUGGAUUUAUACAUACUCUCAUAUAUAUGUAUCAUUUGGCUGCCCUUAAGCAGGUUCAUUUAAUAUGAACUCCAAGGUUUUCUUAUUUUCUGCUGACCAUUGCCAUCUCACUCACAUGAGAUACCAUUCGCAGCAGUAUUAUUGUAAACCUAUUUCUGCUUUGCUUUCUCACCUUAUUGGAAUAUUCCAGAUAAGAUCAGUUUUUUUUUGUUUUUUUUGAAACCCAUUUUUCCUUGUGGAGAUGAGUCUGGCUGCCUUCUAUAAUUGUUGGUUAACCAGUGAUUGUUUUUUUUUUUUGUUUUUUUUUAAAUUUUGGAAGUCGGUCGGUGUGGAAUAAAUAUAUAUAUAUAUUGAACACUUAUUUUUUAAAAGUACUAAUUUGCCACCGAUUUGUGUUUCCUAUAUGUUAAAUUGUGAAUAUUUUUUUUUUCUGUGUGAGUGUGUGUGUGGGGUGGGUGGGGUGAGUUUAUUAACAUAUAAAUAUGGAAAAUAAAAAAAAAUGUCAGAAAAGAUAUUAUAAAGCCUUAAGAUAAAAAUAUAAAAAAAAAGAAAACAGAGAAAGAAAACAAAAGAAAACUGACAAGAAGUACAAGAUGUUUCUGAUCUGAUCAACUUUGGUAUUUUGUUGGGAAAGCUUUCUUUUCAAUUCUGCUGCAAACCAAAUUGACUUUAUAAUUAAGCAUGCCUGUCCUGAUUACUCUUUUUUUUUUUUUUUUCUCCCUUUCCCCUAUUUCAUUCGGAUAUGUUGUCUAUCCAUGUAGUAUUUGUAAGCUUGCUUACAUCUUUUGUAAGAUGUUGGCAGCAAUGUUGUGUUGACUUUUUCUCAUGUGUUACAGAAACAAGGAUAAAAAAAAAAAAAAAAAA